GGAGGCUCCCAGCUCUCCCAUCACAGGGGUUUCUGGCUCCCUUGCCCUCUGCUCUUUUCCUGCCACGCAGCUUUCCUUCACCAGCCUUUUUUGUUUUCUCCUUUCUCCUGCUCUUUGCUGAACAAGCCGCCAUGAGCCGGGUCUCUUUCAGAUCAUCCACCGGAGGGGGCGUGAGGGGCUUCAGCUCGGGCUCCGCUAUCGUCGGAGGUGGCGGUGGCAGCAGGAGCAGUUUUAGCUCCGUUUCUGUCUCCAGAGUUGGAGGAGGAAGAGCCGGAGGAGGAGCGGGCUUCGGCGCCGGCUUCGGCAGCAGAAGUCUCUAUAACCUAGGUGGAAGCAAAAGAAUUUCCUUCGGCUCGGUCGGCGGAGGUCUGCGGAGCGGAGCCGGUGGUGGAUACGGCUUCGGUGGAGGAGCCGGCUUUGCUCUUGGCUAUGGUGGUGGAGCAGGCGCUGGUUUUGGCUUAGGAGGAGCUGGUGGUGGUGGCGGCUACGGGCUGGGCAGUGGAUUUGGGCUGGGAGGUCCCGGAUUUGGCGGUCGAGGUGGCCCCGGGUUCCCCGUCUGCCCACCUGGCGGCAUCCAAGAAGUGACGGUCAACCAGAGCCUGCUGGCGCCUCUCAAGCUGGACAUCGACCCCGAAAUCCAGAAGGUGCGAACGCAGGAGCGGGAGCAGAUCAAGACCCUCAACAACAAAUUCGCCUCUUUCAUCGACAAGGUGCGCUUUUUGGAGCAGCAGAACAAGGUGCUGGAGACCAAGUGGACCCUCCUGCAGGAGCAGGGUCACACCGUCACCAGGAAGUCCCUGGAGCCCCUUUUCGAGUCCUACAUCAACAACAUGCGCCGGCAGCUCGACAGCCUCAUGGGCGAGCGGAGCCGGCUGGACACCGAGCUCAGGAACAUGCAGGACAUGGUGGAAGACUUCAAGAACAAAUACGAAGAUGAGAUCAACCGGCGCACUGGCGCAGAGAACGAGUUCGUGGUGCUCAAGAAGGACGUGGACGGCGCUUACAUGAACAAGGUGGAGCUGCAGGCCAAGGCAGACGGGCUGGCGGACGAGAUCAACUUCCUGCGCGCUCUCUACGAGGCGGAGUUAUCCCAGAUGCAGCAGCAAGUGUCCGACACCUCGGUGGUGCUGUCCAUGGACAACAACCGCAGCCUGGACCUCAACAGCAUCAUCGCGGAGGUGAAGGCGCAGUACGAGGACAUCGCCAACCGCAGCCGCGCCGAGGCCGAGGCCUGGUACCAGACCAAGUACGAGGAGCUGCAGGUCUCGGCGGGCCGGCACGGCGACGACCUGCGGAACACCAAGAUCGAGAUCUCAGAGAUUAACCGGAUGGUCCAGAGGCUGCGCAACGAGAUCGAGAGCGUGAAGAAACAGUGUGCAAACCUGCAAGCGGCCAUCGCCGAGGCCGAGGAGCGCGGCGAGCUGGCGCUCAAGGACGCCAAGGCCAAGCUGGCCGAGCUGGAGGACGCGCUGCAGAAGGCCAAGGCCGACCUGGCCCGGCAGCUGCGCGAGUACCAGGAGCUCAUGAACGUCAAGCUGGCCCUGGACAUCGAGAUCGCGACCUACAGGAAGCUGCUGGAGGGCGAGGAGAGCAGGCUCGCUGGAGAGGGAGUCGGAGCCGUGAGCGUCUCCGUGGUCAGCACCUCCAGCGGGAUGGGCUAUGGCAGCGGCGGCUCCCUGGGCAUGGGUGGCGGCGGCGGCUACAGUGGCGGCUACAGCAGCGGCGGCUACAGCAGCGGCGGCUACAGCAUGAGCAGCAGCGGCGGCGGCUUCGGCGGCGGGAGCGGAGGCUUCGGCGGGGCGCUCGGCUACGGCGGGGGCAGCAGCUUCAGCUCCGGGAGCAGCCGAGGCGUGGGCUCCAGCGGGGGCGGCAGCGUCAGGAUCGUUUCCAAGACCACCACCAGCAAAAAGACCGUCAGAUAAGGACGGCGAGCACGGGGCCGCCCGCGCGGACGCCGCCACGACCUCCCUCCUUCUGAAAGCAAGUGCUGUCCUACGAAUCAACGGUGUAAAUAGCUGCGCUAGACCCUCUCUCCUCCUCCGGCCGUCUCCCUCCGCCUCCGGGGCAGGGGAGGACGAGCAGGACCCCGUUGUGAUUGUCUGGAGCAGCUUUGGCCAAAGCAGAGGUUGUAGCAGGUCGCCGGCAGGGCUUUGGAAGCCGCCUGGACCCCGCGCUGGCCCUUUUCCAGCACAGUCCUUGUCCUCCCCCGGAGUCAGGCGCUCAAAGCCACGUGGACGCGCUUUGCUGAAGGGAAACAGCCACGCUUGGCCGCGGUCCUGUGUCAUUCCUCUAAAACCGGGGUGACGGCCUCGUGAAACCACAGGCCCAGGUCCUCAGCAAGGAAAAGAGCUCCAUGGUGCUCUAAAAGCCUCUGCCUGCAACGUGUUACAACCUUCUCAUCCCCUGUCUGCAAGUCAAGAUUUCUCCCAGCCCCCCCGUUUGCUUGGGCACCUGUGGGAGCGGUUAUCGCUUUCUGUGCACAUAAUCGCCACCCCGAUUUCUAAAUCCUCGUCCUGGAGGCUACAGCCUCUUCGCCUCCAGGCCCACCGCACUGUACGGUCCAAUAAAGAGCAUUUCUCAUUUUUAAAAA